ACUGUGAAAAUUGUCAGUAAGGGAAGAGAUGGUUACAUGGGAAUUGGUCUUUCUGCUCAAGGUGUGAACAUGAAUAGACUAUCAGGUUGGGAUAAACAUUCAUAUAGUUACCAUGGGGAUGAUGGACAUUUGGUUUGUUCUUCCGGAACAGGACAACCUUAUGGACCAACUUUUACAACUGGUGAUGUCGUUGGCUGUUGUGUUAACCUUAUCAACAACACCUGCUUUUACACCAAGAAUGGACAUAGUUUAAGUAUUGCUUUUACCGACUUACCGUCAAAUUUGUAUCCUACUGUGGGGCUUCAGACACCUGGAGAAGUGGUUGAUGCCAAUUUUGGGCAAUAUCCUCCUUUUGUAUUUGAUAUAGAAGAUUACAUGCACGAACAGAGAACCAAAAUACAGCCACAGAUCGACCGUUUUCCUAUUGGAGACUGGGAAGGAGAAUGGCAGACCAUGACCAAAAUGGUUUCAUCAUAUUUAGUUCACCAUGGGUACUAUGCCACAGCAGAGGCCUUUGCCAGAUCUACAGACCAGACCGUUCUAGAAGAAUUACCUUCCAUCAAGAAUAGACAAAGAAUUCAGAAAUUGGGAAAAGCCAUAGAAAUGACCCAACAGUUAUAUCCAAGUUUACUUGAAAGAAAUCCUAAUCUCCUUUUUACAUUAAAAGUUCGGCAGUUUAUAAAAAUGGUGAACGGUACAGAUAGUGAAGUAAGAUGCCCAAAAUCUCAAGACAGUUACCCUGUUAGUCCUCGACCCUUCAGUAGUCCAUAUAAGCAUUUUUGA